UUUAAGUUACGAUCAAAUUUAUUUCCACAAUCUUCGCCACGAAAAUUAAGAGAUAAAAAACAGGUGUAAAAUUACUUAGUACAAAGACUUUGGCAAAUAAAAAGGCAACCGGCAGGCCGACGAAAUAGACAUUGCAGCCUUGCAGUUAUCAUGUCUUCAACCAUUUCCAUGGUAAUAUGGUAUCGGUAUACUUACCAAUAAAAUAUAUCACAACAACUAAAUUGACAUUAUUAUUAAAAGAAGAAGAAAAAAAGAAACUAAAGGGAACCUUAUUCUAAUAGUCUUCUAGUCUAGACUAUGAUAUUUGCAAAGAAAAAAUAACAAUCUUCAACCAUUUCCAUGGUAAUAUGGUAUCGGUAUACCUCAGUCCUGACUCCUGAUCAAUAAAAUAUAUCACAACAACUAAAUUGACAUUAUUAUUAAAAGAAGAAAAAAAGAAACUAAAGGGAAACUUAUUUCUAAUAGUCUUCUAGUCUAGAAUAUGAUAUUUGCAAAGAAAAAUGUUUCAUUGGUUAAUAAGAGCUACUAACACGGCAUUUAAUAUUUAAUUCAAGACAAGUAAACUAGAAAAUAGAGAUUGCAAUGCUAGGAAGUUUACCGGGGGAUCACCAUUUCUCCACCAAGUCUCAUUUUUAUGCUCAGAACUUGAAUCAGUUGGAAAGCAUAACCCAAUACCUCAACAGCAACAAUAUGCAUCAUCCUCUGUUUUUUAUUCUUAUAUCCUGUACGUUAUUCCAUGGUAUGAUCAUCUUUGCCAUUUCUUCUACCAUUAAUUCACCUAUUGAGAACAUAGCCAUUUCGUGUGGCUCUUCUGGCACUCCAACUGCACCUGAUGGACGCAUGUGGGUUGGAGACAAUACCAUGUCUUCUUCUACAUUGCUGCACUUGAAUGGAAUAUCCUGGACGUCUACAGCCCAGCAAAAAGCUUCUCUCAUGAUUGAUCCACUUCCAUAUCAGACAGCUCGGACCUCUCGCCAUGAGUUCAGCUACCGGUUCUCUGUCAAGCCGGGCCAGAAAUUUAUCCGCUUGCACUUCAACCCAGCGCCAUACAAGGGUUUCAAGAAGUCCAUAGCCCUUUUUACUGUCAAAGCUGGUCCAUACACUCUCCUAAGCAAUUUCAGCCCUUCCCUCACUGCUGAUGCUCUAGGUGUCAAAUUUCUCAACAAGGAAUACAGUGUUAAUGUACAGGAAAGUGAAGCGUUGACUAUAACAUUCACCCCAUCCCAAGAAACAAAGUCCUCAGAAGAUGUUUAUGCUUUUGUCAAUGGCAUUGAGAUUGUCUCCAUGCCUACUGGUCUUUACUAUACCCCAGAGGGAGAGCCAGGUGCCCAUGUUAUUGGCCAAAAGCACAGAUUCUACAUUGAUACUGCUACAGCACUGCAGAUGAUUCAGAGAUUAAACAUCGGGGGACGGUCAAUCCCAUCUAUUGAAGAUGUCAGCAUGUUUCGUGACUGGAAAGAUGACUACAACUACCUGUUAAAUGGAGUUGGUGCUGCUUCAACUUAUACAACCAUUACAAUUGAGUAUGCUGACAUGCUGACACAUGUUGCACCUCCCAAAGUGUACCAAACAGCAAGGUCAGUGCAUCCAGGCAAGCAGCAGCUCAUUGCUCACAAUCUCACAUGGAUAAUUCCAGUAAAUUUAGGAUUCAGGUACCUAGUCAGGCUCCAUUUCUGUGAAUUUGAACCUGAAAUAUCAGCAAGAGGUGAAAGGCAAUUCAGUAUACUUAUAAAUAAUCAGAUAGCCGAAUAUAAUGCUGAUGUGAUCAAAUGGAGUGGUGGACAUGGGAUUGCAGUGUACAAAGACUACAUUGCAAUGAUGGAAGGAGAUAGAAUGAAAGGUACAGGCACUCUAGUCAUAAGUUUGCAGCCCAACUCUGACUUCAGCACUAAAAGAACUGACGGCAUUCUGAAUGGCUUAGAAAUAUUCAAGCUAAGUAAUCCUGACAACUAUCUUGUGGGAAUGAAUCCUGCCCCCCAACGCAAACAAAGUUCAGUGUCAGAGAUGCCGAGUCACCAAAGGCCAGUGUUUUUUGAUAGAAAGAGUGCAAUUGUUACUGCAUUCACAGUAGCAGUCACUUUACUGAAUAUUGCCAUCUAUUAUCUAAGGUGUCUCUCAGAAGCUAACUCCAACAUGAGAAACACAAGAUCUCGUUCCACAGACCCAGCUUGUCAUCAAUUCUCACUUGAGGAGAUCCAACUAUCCACCAACAAUUUUAGUCCUAAGUUCCUCAUUGGAAGUGGUGGAUAUGGUAAAGUAUACAAGGGCAUUAUUGAUGGCGGAGCAACUACUGUAGCAAUUAAGCGUUUGAAGGAAGAAUCUAGGCAGGGAGAGAAUGAGUUUUGGACAGAGAUCAAAAUGCUAUCAAAGGUCCGAAAUGAACACCUUGUCUCCCUAAUUGGCUUUUGCAAUGAAGGUACGGAGAGGGUGUUGGUUUAUGAGUACAUGCCACGAGGAACUGUUGCAGACCAUCUCCACAAAAUUGAUAGAAAGGGGAACGGUAACCCCCCUCUCUCUUGGGAAAGACGACUCAAGAUUUCAAUAGGUGCUGCCCGGGGAUUACAUUUCCUUCACACCUCCCAGCAUAAGGUUAUACACCGUGACGUAAAAAGCUCAAACAUUCUGCUGGAUGAGAGUUGGGUGGCAAAGAUUUCAGAUUUUGGUUUGUCCAAAAUGGGGCCUGGAAAUGAGUCCUUCACUCAUGUUAGUACUGAUGUCAAAGGAACAUUUGGCUACUUGGAUCCUGAAUACUUUUUAACUCACAGAUUGACAACAAAAUCUGACGUUUAUGCUUUUGGAGUAGUGCUGCUUGAAGUGCUCACCGGAAGGCCAGCACUGGAUAAGAGGCUUGUUGAGCAAGGCCACAAUCUAGCCACUUGGGCCAUAGACUACAUGAGAAAAGGAGAUGUUCAUGAUAUUGUUGAUGACAGUCUGGCGGGGCAAGUCUCUCAAACUUGUUUGAAAGUGUUUGCAGAAAUUGCAGAAAGAUGUUUGGGCAGACAGCCACAUGAACGACCAGAUAUGGCUGAUGUGCUAACAAAACUUGAAUUAGUGUUGGCGUUACAGCAAAAGGAGGCACAAAAUGAGGGCAUGAGUAUUGAUAGACUUGGAACUCUCUCAGAAGAGAAUAUGGUGGCACCUAAAGGCAAAGGAAAAGAUAUUCUCAUGGGAAGGGUGGAGAAGAAGGAUAGGAAUUCCAAAAGAAAGUCUGUUCGAUGGAGGGAUCUUUUCCUCGUCCGGCCAAAAUCACCACCCAAGACGAAAACUCCCGAAACAUUGCCAUCACAGCUUGAGGUUUCCACAACAAAGCAUGAAGGACCACGCAUCUUCUCUGUGAAUGAAAUCCUAAAGGCCACUAACAAUUUCAACCAGAGUUCUAUUAUUGGUUCUGGGAAAGGUUAUGAUGUGUUCCUGGGUUUACAUGGUGGCAAAAGUAUUGUAGUCAUCAGAAGGGCCAUCAUUACAGUAUUAAGUGAUCGCCUGGAUCAAGAGUUGCAGUUUCGCCAUUCCCAUCUCCCUUUGCCCAGCUAUGCUGAUAAUGUUGUCUCUUUGAUUGGAUAUUGCACUAUUGAUCAACAUAUGAUCAAUGUAUAUGAUCACAUGGCAAAUGGGAGUCUGCGAGAUCAUCUGCGUAAACCUGACGUGGACACUCUCCCAUGGAAGCAAAGGCUUAAAAUCUGCAUUGAUGCUGCACGAGGUUUGUACUACCUUCAGCAAAUCUUGAAGCUGAGUAUUCUCCACCACACAUUCAACUCAACCAACAUUCUGCUGGACGAGAAUUGGGUUGCUAAAGUUUCAGACUUGGGUUGGUCUAGAAGUAAAGACGACUCUAGUUGGUGCAGAAAGGAAGUUUACAGUCUUGACCUUCAUGGUGGGUAUAUGGAUUCACUCGAUUUAUAUCACAUAAGAACAGAAGUAAAAGACUAUGCAUAUGCAUUUGGUUUACUGUUAAUCGAAGUAUUAUGCGCCAACAAUAAAUUGAUACUCCAGAUGGACAAGGAUUUGGAGAGUGCAGCCUGCUGGUUCACCACACAAGGAAGAUGGAGACAUUCAAGAUUCAUAGACCCAAGCCUUGUUGGGAAAAUAUCGCCAGACUGCCUGCAGAUAUUCAUUGACAUUGCAAGCACGUGUCUGCGCAACCUUAAACCAUCACUGCGCGAGAUUGUGACACGUCUCGAGGCUGCACUCAAGUUGCAAGAAGCAGCAGAUGACAAUAAGGAGCUUCAGGUUCUCUGA